CCACGGUCCACCCACCCGUCCAACCCCGCGAUUCCGGAAGGAGCCAGCCACGGCCGCCGCGUGCUCUGCUCUGCUCUGAGCCUGCAAUGACGACGGCGAUGAUGAGGCUGAGGCAGUAUCUCUCCUCCCCUAUUUAUACCACCACCUUCGACAGGAUCGGCAACAGCAGCAUCCGCCGCCGCCUCUCCGUGCCACCACCGCAGAAGCGAACAAGUACCAAACAGAAGCCUCUGCUCCUCCUACUCCUGAUCGUUCCACUACUCCUGAUUCCAACCAUCUUCUUCUUGCUCCCACCGAUCACCAUGUCUGCCUCGUCGUCCGCUUCAGAUGCUACCAUGUCGGCCGCGGCGCCGUUCGAGAAGCCGAGGGCGGUGAUGAAGAAGCUCCUCGCGGGGUCGCAGCCCGAGGGACAGGGCGCCACCGUCAGGAGGAGCAUCGGCAGGCCCGAGCUCAGGACUCUGGACCCUUUCCUCAUGCUCGACGAGUUCUCAGUCUCCAAACCCGCAGGAUUUCCCGAUCAUCCCCACAGAGGAUUCGAGACCGUAACCUACAUGCUCGAGGGGGCCUUCACCCACCAGGACUUUGCAGGCCACAAGGGCACCAUCAAGGCGGGUGAUGUCCAGUGGAUGACGGCUGGCCGCGGCAUCGUGCACUCAGAGAUGCCGGCGGGAGACGGGGUGCAGAAGGGCCUGCAGCUCUGGAUCAAUCUCUCCUCGAAGGACAAGAUGAUCGAGCCCCGGUACCAAGAACUGCUGAGCAAGGACAUCAGCCGGGCCGAGAAGGACGGCGUCGAGGUCAGGAUCAUCGCCGGCGAGGCCUUCGGCGUGCGCUCGCCGGUCUACACCCGUACCCCCACAAUGUACAUGGACUUCACCAUGCAGCCGGGUUCCCAGCUGCACCAGCCGAUCCCGGAGGGCUGGAACGCCUUCGUGUACAUCAUCGACGGCGAGGGCGUGUUCGGCCGGGAGAAGGCCGCCCCCAGCACCGCACACCACUGCCUCGUGCUCGGCCCCGGCGACGGGCUCAGCGUGUGGAACAAGUCCGGCGCGCCGCUGCGGUUCGCGCUGGUGGGCGGGCAGCCGCUGGACGAGCCGGUGGUGCAGCACGGGCCGUUCGUGAUGAACACGCGCACCGAGAUCCAGCAGGCCAUGGAGGAUUACUACUACGGCAGGAACGGCUUUGAGAAAGCCAGGCAGUGGAGCAGCUCUGCCUGAGAAAGCCAGGCCACCCCACCCCACCCCACCCCACCAUGAUGAUAUGAUCCUCCGGUUCUACUGCAUUCUUGAAAAAUUGACAUGAAAAAAAGAAAGGAAUUUGUUGUCUUGACAGAGCAGAGCAGACCAUUACUUGACACUCUGAUCUUGAUCAUUAUUUUCCCAUUGUUUUUGCUUGCUGUAAUAUACUAGAAGGAUUUGCUUGUCAUUUGUAUGGUGAUUGCAAUAAGCAGGAUGACAAAUUAGUAGUAUCAAUAAACUAUUGUUUCUUUA